UGGUUCUUGGCAUUUGUUCUGCAGGUGACAGAAAGCCUGUACCCCGUGAUCUCUGGACUCUUGCUGGUCAGUGUGCCCCUUUCUCGCGCUCUGGAUGAUGUCAGAGCAGGACCUGGCGGAUGUGGUUCAGAUUGCAGUGGAAGACCUGAGUCCUGACCACCCAGUUGUUUUGGAGAAUCAUGUCGUGACAGAUGACGAUGAACCUGCUUUGAAGCGCCAGAGACUAGAAAUCAAUUGCCAAGACCCUUCUAUAAAGUCUUUCCUGUACUCUAUUAACCAGACGAUAUGUUUGCGGUUGGAUAGCAUUGAGGCCAAGCUGCAAGCUCUCGAGGCUACUUGCAAAUCUCUGGAAGAGAAGCUAGACCUGGUCACCAACAAACAACACAGUCCUAUCCAGGUCCCCAUGGUGGCUGGUUCCCCACUUGGCGCCACCCAGACCUGCAACAAAGUGCGAUGCGUCGUCCCCCAGACUACAGUAAUACUCAACAAUGAUCGGCAGAACGCCAUUGUAGCCAAGAUGGAAGACCCAUUGAGCAACAGGGCACCGGAUUCCCUGGAAAAUAUCAUUAGCAACGCUGUUCCUGGGCGUCGGCAGAACACCAUUGUGGUGAAAGUACCUGGUCAGGAUGACAGCCACAAUGAAGAUGGGGAGAGCGGGUCAGAGGCCAGUGACUCUGUGUCCAACUGCGGCCAGCCAGGAAGCCAGAACAUUGGAAGCAACGUCACACUCAUCACCCUGAACUCUGAAGAGGACUAUCCCAACGGCACAUGGCUGGGUGAUGAGAAUAACCCUGAGAUGCGGGUACGCUGUGCCAUCAUCCCCUCUGACAUGCUGCACAUCAGCACUAACUGUCGCACAGCUGAGAAGAUGGCACUGACGCUGCUGGACUACCUGUUCCACCGUGAGGUGCAGGCUGUGUCCAACUUGUCAGGCCAGGGCAAGCAUGGGAAGAAGCAGCUGGACCCCCUCACCAUCUACGGCAUCCGGUGUCACCUCUUCUAUAAGUUUGGAAUCACGGAAUCUGACUGGUAUCGGAUCAAACAGAGCAUUGACUCCAAGUGCCGAACAGCUUGGCGGCGGAAACAGCGAGGCCAGAGCCUGGCAGUCAAGAGCUUCUCCCGGAGGACACCAUCGUCAUCCUCAUACAGUGCCUCAGAGACCAUGAUGGGUACCCCUCCACCCAGCAGUGAGCUACAGCAGUCGCAGCCGCAGGCCCUACACUACGCUUUGGCCAAUGCACAGCAAGUGCAGAUCCACCAGAUCGGAGAGGAUGGGCAAGUACAAGUAGGCCACCUCCACAUUGCCCAGGUGCCUCAAGGAGAGCAGGUGCAGAUCACGCAGGACAGUGAGGGCAAUCUGCAGAUCCAUCACGUUGGUCAGGACGGACAGUCGUGGGGCCUGUGCCAGAAUCCCAUUCCUGUCAGCGGUGACUCAGUGGCCCAGGCUAAUCCCUCCCAGCUUUGGCCUCUGGGAGGAGACACACUUGAUCUGCCUGCUGGAAAUGAGAUGAUCCAGGUACUGCAGGGUGCUCAACUCAUAGCCGUGGCCUCUUCAGACCCUGCUGCUACGGGAGUAGACGGGUCGCCUCUUCAGGGCAGUGACAUUCAGGUUCAGUAUGUCCAGCUGGCGCCUGUGAGUGACCACACAGCUGCAGCACAGACGGCUGAAGCAUUGCAGCCCACUCUGCAGCCGGAAAUGCAGCUUGAACACGGAGCCAUCCAGAUCCAGUGAGUCCAGGCAUUGUAGGAGCCACGCCACAGCUGCUCACUGACCCUGCCCUGCGUCCUGCUCUCUUGUUUCAGCAGCAACUGUGGGUUCUGCAGGGCAUCAGAGAGUCCUUCCUCCUGGGGGAAGGUCCUGGCCACCCCCUGCUGGAAGGCGCCUCAGGAUUUGAGUCUCACUGCUGGUCUCCAGAGGAGAAGUGUAGUGCGGAGCGUGCUGAGUACAUUCAGAAAAACAAGAACUACAAUAUUUUGUUUAAACAGCUUUUUUUAAUUUGCUAUGGUGUUUAUAACAAAAGAGAAAAUGGAAAAAAAAAAAAAAAAAAAACCCAAAA